GAUAGGUUAGAAAAGUCGUAAUAAUAACUCUUUCUCUUUCUCUCUCUCUCUCUCUCUUCUUCCUAUCUCUUCCUUUUUCCGUGUUUUGACUUUUGGGAAUUUGAAUAUCAUUACUCUCUCUAUAUAUAAAAAGACUCUUCAUAUCUCUAUAAUCUAUCUUCAAACAAAUUCACAUCUCUACUUCUCUUUUCAUAACGCCCCAAAAAGAAAAAUAAUAUAAUUCUCUACAACAAAAAUACACAAACAGUUUGGUACUAUAGCUAAAUAUUCUUACUAUACUUAUUAUGGAUGAGAUUGAAGUUCCUCAAUUCUUCAUCUGCCCAAUCUCACUGGAAAUCAUGAAAGAUCCGGUGACCCUUUCAACAGGGAUCACCUACGACAGAGAAAGCAUCGAGAAAUGGUUAUUUUCCGGGAAAAACGAGUGUUGCCCAGUAUCCAAACAGCCCAUUAUUCCCGAUUCUGAUUUGACCCCAAACCACACUCUCCGACGACUUAUACAAGCUUGGUGUACCAUGAACGCUUCACACGGAAUCGAAAGAAUUCCGACUCCAAAGCCACCGAUUAACAAGACCCAGAUAAUCAAACUCAUCAACGAUGCCAAAUCUCCUCAGUCUCAGAUCAAAUGUCUCCGGAGACUUCGGUCAAUCGCCGCCGAAAGCGAAACCAACAAACGUUGCUUGGAAUCCGCCGGCGCCGUUGACUUCUUAGCCUCUUUGAUAGGAAACAAUUACAACGAAUUAGAAAACGACAUGUCGUUUUGUGACCACUUCGCUAGAGCCAGCGACGAAGCCUUGUGCAUUUUAAACAACCUCCAACUCUCCGAAACAGUUCUCAAGAAUCUCAUGGCUCGAAACCAAGAGUUAGUCGAAUCAUUAACGAAAGUCAUGCAACGUGGGACUUGCGAGUCUAGAGUUCAUGCAGUUGUGUUGUUGAAAUCACUACUAGAAGUUGCUGACCCCAUGAGAAUAAUCGGGUUGAGACCCGAGUUAUUCGUCGAAUUAGUCCAAGUUUUGAAGGACCAAGAUCAAGUUUCGAGGGCAGCUUUUAAAGCCGCCCUCCAGCUCUUGAUCCAGCUCUGCCCUUGGGGAAGAAACCGAAUCAAGGCUGUUGAAGCGGGAGCUGUACCAGUCUUGAUUGAGCUUCUCUUGGAGACUAACUCCUCAGAGAAAAGGCGGUGUGUCGAGGUGGCCAUGGCAGUGCUUGACACGCUAUGCGGCUGCGCUGAGGGCCGCGCUGAGUUCCUACACCACAGCGCGGGAUUAGCCAUGGUGUCGAAGAAGAUACUUAGGGUUUCUCAAACGGCGAGUGAGAAGGCUGUGAGGAUUCUUCACUCGAUUUCAAAGUUUUCGGCUACUAGUGGAGUUUUGCAGGAAAUGCUGCAGCUUGGAGUGGUGGCAAAGCUUUGUUUGGUGCUUCAAGUUGAUUGUGGAAGCAAGACAAAAGAGAGGGCUAGAGAGAUUUUGAAAUUGCAUGCUAGGACAUGGAAGAAGUCCCCUUGUGUGCCUACCAGUUUGCUUUCUUCAUACCCAGCUUAAAUAUUAAUUAGAGAACUUAAGUGAAAGAACAAAAUUAUUCUCUUCACAUAAUUUCUCUUCUUUUUUCUUUUUACCUUUUUGAUAAUUAGUGUGUAUAUAAUUGAUUGGGAUAUUGGAUAUGUAUACUCUCUGGAAAAAUCAGAAAUUGUUUCUUUAACUCCCCUUCAUUUAUUUGGGAAGUUCAUAAUGAUAAAAUGGUCACAUUGAUCGUA